AUUGAAACCUCAAAGCAAGUUAUACUGUCUAUGGGGUGGGGAUGUUGAGCCAUGCAUUCCUUCGCAUUUGAGGUUUCAGAGACAGUAGGGUUUAUAGGUCUUUAGCCCCAGAGUUUGUAACUAAUUAAGAAAGCUUAUGGAAUCUUCCCCAAUAGAUUGCUUAUAGCAUUUCUUUAUUAUUUUGUUAGGAAAAAAAAGGAUAGAGAUUCUGUGAAUAACAGGUCAAGUUAGAAAUGCUAUAAAUUGCAUUAAUUUAAUCACACUGAAAUGCGAUUGCAGGCAAGGUCUCCAAGGGCUCAAGUGUAAAUUUGUUGCAUAACAAGCACCGCCCAGAAUGAUAGUUACAAUUGCAAGCGCUCUGCUGUUCAUAGAGAUCAAGGAUGCAGCAUUUAUGAGAACGUUGUCGCAGGUGAUGCUAUCGCUUUGGCUGAAAUGGGAGCUCCGGGCAAUGGUGGUCCUCAGCCUCACUGUUCAACUUAUAUUGAUAAAAUUUGGGAAUCGGCGGAAAAACAGCGGGAGACAUCUAAAGAUCGUCUCCCUCCUGGUGUGGACCAUGUACCUGUUUGCGGAUUGGUUGGCGACGGUGGCCUUGAGUACCCUCCUUAGAAGUAGAAGGGAGCAAAUAACCAGUCCUCUGGUUAUAUUUUGGACUCCAUUCUUGCUCUUGCAUCUUGGUGGCCCCGAUACCAUCACUGCUUACUCAUUGUCGGACAAUGAACUGUGGCCUCGACACCUGUUCGGGCUGUGUUUUCAGGUUGGAGUGGCACUCUACGUAUAUGUAAAGUUCUGGACUCUAACUGUAACAAAGCUCACCUAUUUGGCCAUUCCAAUAUUCAUUGUUGGGAUCAUCAAGUAUGGGGAGAGAGUUCGGGCUCUCUUCCAAGCCAGCAACGUUCGGUUUAGGAAAUCUGUGUUUUCUAGUGGCCAAGCUUCGGAGCUGGAAGUUGAGCUUUCACGGAGGGAUUCAAAAAGCGAUACCACACUGGAGGAAUAUUUGGAUAAAAAACAAAUUGAUAAGAAAUAUCGGUAUCUUUAUCGAGCAUUUCUUUUGUUUCAGGUGUUCAGGCCCAUGUUUUCGGAUCUCAAGCUCAGAAUCUACAAUAAAUUGGAUUACAUCUUUGAGUUGGAGGAGAAUGUUGAUGCAGAAGAGGCCUUCAAAAUUGUGGGGAUUGAACUUGGGUUCCUCUAUGAUCUACUGUAUACCAAGAUUCCUAUAGUUAUAACUCGAAUCGGUGUGAUUCUUCGCUUUAUUUCCCUGUCAUUAAUCACUUCCACACUGAUUGCCUUCUUGCUGGUGGUUGGGAAGCAUGGAUUCUCCAAAGUUGACAUUGGCAUCUCCUACUUGUUAAUAGUUGGUGCCAUCUUUCUUGAACUUUAUUCGGCCUUCCUGCAUCUUAGCUCGGAUUGGGGGAUCCGCUGGUUGACUAGUCAAAACAACAGGCUUCUUACGGCUGCUGGUUCUAAAUUGGUCCAUUUUAGUAAGCCCAACAAGGGAAUUCGAGCCAUGGCACAACACAGCCUCCUAGAUUAUUGCCUCCAGCCCAGGAAACUGAAGCUUGCUAAAGUUUUAAACAUCUUCGACCCUGAGGACACUGCCGAGAAGUACUUACACACCAGUUGGAAAGAUGUAGAUCUUGAGCUGCAACAGAUCAUCUACUCCCAUUUCCAAAAAAAACGAAAAAAAUAUAAAGAAAAAAACUUUGAGUACAAAGAGCUCUUAGAGUUAUUGGAUGAGAGAGGUCGCAUUCCGCUUCUACAAAACAAUGUUGAUGAUGACUUAGGUUGGAGUGUAUCCGAUGUGGAAAUCACCCACAGCCUCCUCCUAUGGCAUAUCGCUACUGACGUUGUUUACAACGAUGAUCAUCACUGGUUUCGAGCCGGGAAACUUGGCCCAUAUUGCAGAAUCAGUAAGCUCUUAUCGGAUUACAUGAUGUAUCUUCUUUUUCUAUGUCCUGAAAUGCUCCCCGAAGGCAUUGGUACCAUAAGGCAUCAUGAUACCUGCAUUGAAGCCAAGAACUUCGUCCAUGAUAAGUCCAAAUUUAAACAAAUCAUCAGAGGGUUGUUUGGGAUUGACAUAGAAUCUCGAUCGUUCUUUGUCCUGAUGGGAAGUUUGAAGAAGUCGGCAUUCUUUGAAGGGUGCCAAAUCGCCGUCCAAUUGCAGACACUGUUAGGGCAAUUCAGAUGGGACCACGAAGAUAAAUGGAAACUGAUAGCCGAAGUGUGGCUGGACAUGCUGACUUAUGUCGCGGCUCAAUGUUCGUGGAAAGAACAUGCGAGGCAACUCCAGCAAGGUGAGGAAUUGCUGACUCACGUUGCACUGCUCAUGGCACAUCUUGGUUUGAGUAAGAGAAUUCAAAUGGUCCCAUUGCCCAAAAAGCUUCAGGAAGUCAAAUAUGAGCCUACCUUUUAUUGGGACAGGCUUGACCGAUUGCCUUCCUACUUGGCUUAAAUCAAAUAAAUGUUGCUUUGGUUGUUUUUUUUUUCAAUUAUUUACAAAAUAUUGAAAUUAGCUUUCUUAUGGUUAUAUUUAUAAAAGAAUUCAUGUAUUUUAGAUGAUGUGACAUAAA